GACCGCCGGAAGAAGAUGGCGACAGCGGCUCCAAAGAGAUUCUGGUCCGGAGGGCGCAGUGAAGCUGGAGAAGAGGCGAGUGGUACCGCGACGGUGGCGGCAAGGCCAGGGGUGUGGGCACGACUGGGCACCUGGGCCCGCGCGCUGCUUCGGGAUUAUGCCGAGGCGUGCGGAGACGCGGCGACCGCAGCGCGUGCCCGGCCGGGCCGCGCGGCCCUGUACGUGGGGCUGCUGGGCGGCGCCGCGGCCUGCUGCGCCCUAGCGCCCAGCGAGGCGACCUUCGAGGAGGCCUUGCUCGACGCAUCAGGGUCCCUCUUGCUGCUGGCGCCGGCGACGCGCAGCCGCCACUCGGAAGCGUUCUUGCAGCGCCUGCUGUGGCUGAGGGGCCGCGGGCGGUUGCGCCACGUGAACCUGGGGCUCUGCUCGCUGGUGUACGAGGCGCCCUUCGAUGCCCAGGCCAGUCUCUACCAGGCUCGCUGCCGCUACCUGCAGCCACGCUGGAUCGACUUCCCCGGCCGCGUCCUCGACGUGGGGUUCGUGGGCCGUUGGUGGAUCCUGGAGAACCGCAUGCAUGAUUGCGACAUCAACGAUGACGAGUUUCUCCACCUGCCCGCGCACCUCCGCGUCGUCGGCCGCCACCAGCUGCAUUCUGAGGCCAACGAGAGGCUGUUCGAGGAGAAGUACAAGCCCGUCGUGCUCACCGAUGACCAAGUGGACCAGGCGCUGUGGGAAGAGCAGGUGUUGCAAAAGGAGAAAAAGGAUAGACUGGCGCUAAGCGAGGCCGAUUCACUGGUGCAGUCCGAGGUUUCCAGAUGAAACCCAGGGAGCCCCCGGUUUCCAGGCUCAGGCAAAGAACUGUUGGCCAGGUGCAGUGGGUGAGAAAUCCAUUCAGUGUGGUUUUGUAGGAAACCCUUCUCGCUCUGCUUCUCGCUCUGUCUGUCCCAAUAGCUGAAGCUAAUUGAAGGCCUUUCUGGUCUUGGAGAUGGAGAAAAGCUGAAGAACUGGUCUUGACCAUGGAGCAUUUGACCGUGUUAUGCUUUAACCAUCAGAGCUACGAGUAAGGAGCCUGCACUGUGUAUGUAGCCUGUUGUAGUUGGGGUGUACUUCAGUACAGUGGUAGAGCACUUGUCUAGCAUGCAUGGGUUCCUGGGUUCCAUUCCCAGCACUGCAAAACUGAACACAAAUGAACUUUUGGUUUUGGAUUAUUUAUUUGGUUGGUUUUUGAGACUAGUAUUCCCAUAUAGCCCAAACUGGCCCUGAAUCCUCCUGCCUCAGCUCCAGUCCACCACGGUGUACAUAGCCCAUAUAUAAGCCCUAUUCAUAUGGCUACAAAGACGUCUUGAUUGCCAGUGACUCCCAAGAUCCUAAGACCAUUCACAUAUUAACAUUUUUUGAGUGUUUGUAUGAACCUUUAAGGAAGAUCUGGCUGUGUUGGCCGGGUUAGUUUAGAAUUCAUGGGCAAAAGUGGUCCUUCCAGGAGCUGGAUAGUUCAGUAUUUAAGAGUACUGAUUGCUCUUCUCUUGAUUCAAGAAACUUAAUUCAAUUCUCAGCAUCCACAUAGGGGCUCACAGUCAUCUAUAACUCCAAUUCAAGGAAUCUGACCUUUCUCUUCUGGAUUCCUCAGGUACUAGGCAGGCACAUGAUGCACAGACAUGCAUGCAGACAAAACACUCAUGCACAUAAUGUUUAAAAAACGAUCUCCUAAAUAGCCUUCCAAGGUUGGGAGUAUAAUCAUGUGCCAGUGCCCAACCUCAGAUUUUUCUAUUUCAGUUGGAACUGAAAUGUGCUUGUUUGGGUUUUUUUUUUGUUUGUUUGUUGUGGGUUUUGGUUUAGUUUGUUUUGAUACAGGGUCUGGAACUGGCUAUGAAGAACAGUCUGGUCUUCAACUCACAGACAUCUGUCUGCCUCUGAAAUUUAAUUUUUUUUGGGGGGGGGGGGUGUUGGUUUGUUUCUGAGAAGUGAUCUCACAGCCCAGUCCAGCCUCAAUCACUAUGUAGCAAAGGAUAACUGAAUGAUCCUCUUGCUUGCACUUCCCGAAUGGAGGGUGAAAUGUUUCUGUUGUGUGGUUUAUUAUAGUUGAGUACUUUUGUUACGUGCUAGACAUAAACCCGGGGUCUGGUACAUACUAGGUAAGCACUGUACUUUAUUUGGGGGGGAGGGUAAUUCUCACCAGAAUAGAAUGGAAUGUAAGGCAAGUGCUCCACUGGUGAUCCACAUGCUGGGACUUCCUUGCUGGAAGAUAUUAAAUACUGCCAUCACUUGGCAUAAAUAAACCUUGUCUGAAAGGGCCUGGAGAAAAGGCUGAGUGGUUAAGAGUGUUUACUAUUGUUGCAGAGGACCUGGGUUUAGUUCCCAGUAUUCACAUUAUGGCUCAUUAAUUCCAGUUUCAGGGGAGCAAUGGUUGGUUUUGAUUUUUUGAGACAAAGUUUCACUGUAUUAACAUUGGCUGUCCAGGAACUCUGUAGACCAGGUUGGUCUUGAACUCACAGAAAUCCACCUGCCUCUGCCUCCAGAGUGCUGAGGCUAAAGGCAUGUACCACCUCCCGGCUGAAGUUUAUGUAUGUACAAGCAAAACUAAGUUGCUGGGACGUGGUGACAUGCCUUAAUCCCAGGACUCAGGAGGCAGAGGCAGGCAUAUCUCAGUUCCAGGACAGCCAGAGCUACAUAUAAACAAACACCAAAAAGAAAACAGCCCCAGAAGUUGUCCUCUGACCUCCACAAACAUGCCAUGGUGCAUGUGUGUGCCUGUCCUCACACAUCGUACACAUUUUUUUCCCAGACAUGCUUUCUUUGUGUAGUCUUAGCUGUCCUGGAACUGGUUGUGUAGAGCAGGCUAUCCUCAAACUCACAGAGAUCUGCCUGCCUCCGCUUCCCAAGUGCUGGGAUUAAAGCUGUGCACCACCACAACCCAGCCAUACACAAUAGUUUUUCGAGGCAGGGUUUCUCCGUGUAGUUUUGGUUCCUGUCCUGGAUCUUGCUCUGUAGACCAGGCUGGCCUCAAACUCACAGAGAUCCUCCUGGCUCUGCCUCCCGGGUGCUGGAAUUAAAGGCGGGGCCACUACUGCCCCGCCACAGUUGGUCUUUCAAAACAAGGUUUCUCUGUGUGACAGCUCUGGCUGGCCUGGAACUCACUCUGUACCAAGUGCUGCGAUUAAAGAUGUGGCCUACCACCACCCAGCAAUACACAAUUUACGGUUUAUUUUAUGUUUAUGAGUGUUUUGCUUGCAUGUGUGCAUAUGCACCACAUAAGCACAGUGCUCAGAGAGGUCAGAAGAAGGCUCAGAUUCCCCUAGGUCUGGAGUUAUAGGUGGUGGUGGGCUGCUAUGUGGGUGCUAUGAACUGAACCCAGAUCCUCUUCAAAAGCAGUAAGUAUUUUCCCACUGAGCCAUCUCCCCAGCUUUGUGUAAUCUUUGAAAGCCAGCCAACCAAAUGAUUCAGCAGGUAAAAGUGCUUACCACUCCAGCCUGAUGACCCGAGUUUGAUCCCCAGAACAGUGUCCUCUGACCUUUGUGGCAUACACGUUCCAGUACGGUUACACAACAUACACAGCACACAUGAUUGAAAAAAAAAAUCUAAAUUCUAGUCCUAAUCAAUUACUUACCUAAGGCUCUGGGCCAAAAUCCUAAUAUUGCCCUUCACUUGCCUUUAGACAAAAUCUGUAGCCCAGUUUAAUGGAGAACUUGGUAUGUAUCGAGGAAGGGCCUUGAACUUAUUCUGUCCAUACCUCCUGAGUGCUGGGAUGACAGGCAUGUGGUGAUGUGCACAGUUUUCCACCCUUUUUUUCUUAGAUUAGCUGUGAUGGCUCCUCUUGACUUUUUUUUUUUUUUUUUUUUUUUGGUUUUUCGAGACAGGGUUUCUCUGUGUAGCUUUGCGCCUUUCCUGGAACUCACUUGGUAGCCCAGGCUGGCCUCGAACUCACAGAGAUCCGCCUGGCUCUGCCUCUCGAGUGCUGGGAUUAAAGGCGUGCACCACCACCGCCCGGCUUUCUUUUGACUUUCAACUUGACUACAUCUGGAAUUAACUAAAACCCAAGGGGCUGGAAGGCCUGUGAGGAAUUUGAAAUGGGAAAUCCACCCUUAAUCUGGGCCACACCUGCUGGCAGCCUCUAUAAAAGCCAUUGAAGAAGGAAGAUCUUGCUCCUUGCCUGCUUGCCUUUGCUCUCAUUGGCAGGUCCAUUUCUUCACUAGCGUUAGAGCCUACUUUGGGAUUCCAGCAUAUAUGAAGACCAGCUGAAACAUCCAGCCUCAUGAACUGAACGAUUACUGAAUUCUUGGACCUUCUAUUUGUAGAUGGCUAUUGUUGGACUACAGCUUUAUAAGCCAUUCUAAUCCCCUUUAUAUAUUUAUAUAAUAUAUAUGGGUUAUUAUAUAUAUAUAUAUUGUUUUGUUUUUCGAGACAGGGUUUCUCCAUGUAGUUUUGGUGCCUGUCCUGGAUCUCGCUCUGUAGACCAGGCUGGCCUCAAACUCACAGAGAUCCACCUGGCUCUGCCUCCCCAGUGCUAGGAUUAAAGGCGUACACCACCACCACUGUCUGGCUUGAAAUAUAUAUUUAUAUAUAGGGGAUUUAUUAGACUGGCUUGUAAGUUCUGUUUUAGAGGACCUUAGCUAAUAUUAGUCAACUUUGGGGAGGGAUUUAAGACCAACUGACAGAGUUGAGCAGUGGUGGUGUAUGCCUGAUCUACAGAGUGAGUUCCAGUAACAGGCUCCAAAGGUACACAGAGAAACCCUGUCUUGAAAAAAAAGACCCACUGACAGCAAGAUGACAAGUCUCUCAUGGAAGUAUUUAUUAUUUUAUGUAUGUGUUUGUUUUGCCUGCGUGUAUGUCUGUGCACCAUGUGUGCCUAGUGCUCACGGAGGUCAGAAGAGGGCAUUGGAUCGUCUGCAACUGGAGUUACAGCUGUGAGCUACCAUGUGGGUGCCUGGAGUAGAACUUGGGUUUCCUGCAAGAGCAACAAAUGCUCUUAACUGCUGAGCCAAUCUUCAGCCCUUUUUGUUAAUUUUUAAAGCUUUAUUGUUUGUUAAUGCACAUGUGGAAGUCAUUUCUCUCUGUCUGCAUUAAUUCCAGGCCUUGAACUCUGGUGGUCAGGAUUGCCCAACAAGCAUGUUUACCCACUGAGCCAUCUCCGUGGGCCUGGUCAGCAGUAGCAAAGAGGGACUUGGGGAAUGUGUGCUGGCUAGUGUUUUGUCAGCUUGACACAAGCUAGGGUCAUUUGGGAAGAGGGACUCUCAAAUGAGAAAAUGCCUCCAUAAGACUGGCGUGUCAGAAGCCUGUAGUGCUUUCCUAAUUAGAGAUUGAUAUGGGAAGGCCCAGCCCAUUGUGGGUGGGGCCACCCCAGCCUGGUGGUCUUGGGUGCUGUAAGAAAUCAGGCUGAACAAGCCAGGGAGCAAGCAAGAAAGCAGUGUCCUCCAUGGCUUCUGCUUCAGCUCCUCAUGCCAGGUCCCUACCCUGCUUUAGUUACAGCCCUGACUUCUUUGACAAUGAACUGUACCUUGGAACUGUACACUGAAAUAAACUCUUUCCUCCCCAA